AUGGUUUUGUUUGGUUUAGGGAAACUAUUCUACGUUAUCUUACUGCUAAUAAAUGCCGUUGCAGUGUUGAGUGAGGAACGUUUCCUUGGAAGAAUUGGUUUCGGUAAGAAUGCAAAUGAGGCACCAGCGUUUGGUCAAGAAGAAAGUACAGCAAAGUCUAAAGUUAUUAAAUUAAUUGGUGCUGUACAAACACUUUUAAGAAUCCCUCUGAUCGGUAUAAACAUUCUCGUAAUUAUAUAUGAAUUAUUAUUGGGUUGA